AGACCUUAUCCAUGCCCAGAAUGUGAGAAAAGAUUUGUGGAUUCUUCUGAACUUCGGAGACACCAAAGAAGGCACAGGGGAGAAAAACGUAAGUCUCACAGUGGGGAGAGACCCUAUCAGUGCCCAGAAUGUGGGAAAAGUUUUUCCAAUAAGAUAUACCAAAUUCGACAUCAAAGUAUUCACACCGGAGAAAGACCCUAUCAGUGCCCAGAAUGUGAGAAAAGAUUUGUCGAUUCUUCUGAACUUCGGAGACACCAAAGGACACACACGACAGAAAAGCUGUAUAAAUGUAAGGAUUGUGAUAAAUGUUUUUCUUUUAAGGAAGCUCUUUUUCGACAUCAGAGUAUCCAUACCGGGGUGAAGCCCUAUAUGUGCAUCGAGUGUGGAAGAUUUUUCCGUACAAUACAAAUCCUCAGAAAACAUGAGAAUGUUCACAGAGGGGAAAAAAAGUUCAAAUGUUUAGACUGUGGGAAAGCAUUUAGUUGUCAAUCAAGCCUUAGAAGUCACUGCCAAGCCCAUAUGGGUGAGAAACACCACAAAUGCUCAGUGUGUGACAAAUCUUUUACCCGGAAAGGUGCACUUUUGAAGCAUCAGACAAUCCACUUAGAGCUGCAAUAUAAAUGUCCGGAGUGUGAGAAAACUUUUCGUUGCAAAUAUUCUCUUAGCAAACAUGAGAGGCUUCACAAAGGAGAGCAACCGUUCAAAUGUGUGCAGAAAAAUGAAAAGUGUCCUGAAUGUGGGAAAUGUUUUACCUAUAAGUCACACCUAAAUCGACAUCAGAAACUUCACACUGGAGACAGACCUUUUCAAUGCCCAGAAUGUGGGAAACGAUUUGUGGAGUCUGCUGAACUUCGGAGGCAUCGGAAGGGGCACACAGGAGAGAGACCCUAUAAAUGUGGGGAGUGUGGGAAAGGUUUUCUCACAGCAACUCUGCUUCGGGUUCAUCAGAGAAUCCACACGGGGGAGAAGCCAUACCUGUGUGUGGAGUGUGGGAAAUGUUUUUCCCAGCAACAACACCUUAGAAGGCAUCAAAAGGUCCAUGUGAGAAUGAAGCCAUAGAGAUGCACAUAGUGCGGUAAAGGUUCACUCAAAAGCGAGACACCAGAAAACUCACAUUGAAAAAGUCCUAAUAGGCCCUGAUGGUUAGAGGUUUUUUAUAGUUGUUCCACUCUUAGAAGUUAUAUAAAAGGUCAUAAAGGGGACGGGGGGAUUAGAAACUCUCAGAUCGUGGAAGAGCAUUUUCUUAUCAACCAUCGCUUAAAAAUCACACUCUAAUCCAAAUAGCAAA